CCAUACUUGAUAUAUUACUCUCCCUCCUGCCGUUGCUCUUUACCAGUUAUUUUUUAACAUUCAUUUCCAAACUGUAUACAAAGGAGAUUCCAAACCAAGAGCUACCUCCAACUCUUUCAUUCAUUCAUUCAUAACACUGUGUGUCGAUUUUGCUUUGCAAAAAACAAACAUGUCAAAUCCAAAUGCUUAUUGGGACGGUAGGAAGUCCGGUAAGGCGCCGGAGAAGUCGAAUUUUACCCAGACUUGCAACCUCUUGAGUCAGUACUUCAAAGAGAAACGCUCUCUUGGAGAUCUGAAUCUCGGAUUCACUGCAAAUCUGGAAGCCACAGGGAAAUCUGGCGAUACUAGUACAAGUACUGCAACAACAACAUCAACAACAAUUAACUUAUUAACCAAGAUGGAAAAAUCGGGUCAAGCGUCACAACACGUGAUGAAGUUCAUGGAUUCCCUUCCUCAGUAUGCCCGGGUUGGUUCCUCCAGUACUACGGAUACGACUGCCACCGCCACCGCCACCGCAACAAAUGACCCUAUUUCUAGCAAGCCAGAAAAAAAGGAGCAUAUAUCCGCCCAAAUGACCAUGUUUUAUGCGGGACAAGUAUUGGUGUUCAAUGAUUUUCCGGCUGACAAAGCCAGGGAAGUCAUGCUAUUAGCUGACCAGCUGGGAAGCUCAAACUCCCCUAAUCCCAUUCCCACUACUGGCUUUGUUUCCACCUCCACCUGCAACUCCAACAAAUUUAAGUCUGAUCAGUCUCUGCCGCCUUCUGCCUUGAAUACAUGUUCUACUCCUGCCCAACAAGUACGACAUCAACCACAUCCUGAAGCUACAAGUUCUGGUAAUUUUACUUCCUUAUUCCUCCUGUCCUGGCUGUAAUAAAUGGUUCCAUAUAUAGAAAGAUCAAUAUAUCUCAACAACUAUAAUAGUACUAACUAUUCUUUCUGUUUCUUUUUUAUGUUUUUCAGAUCUACCAAUGACAAGAAAGGCUUCACUUUAUCGGUUUUUAGAGAGGAAGAAAGACAGGGCGAUUGCCAGAGCACCAUACCAAGUACACAAUCCAUCCAGAGAGUCCCCCAAGCAUGAGGAACAACUUGCGCUCAGAUUAUAACUCAACAUUUUCAUGAAUUGUUACUGUUCCACAGACGAACCAUCAAUUGGUUAAUUGUGGAUACAUUCAUUGUCAUGGCCAGUUUUAGGUGGGAAUUGUUUCACAAAAAAAGAGAGAAACCAUCAGUUGUAAGCGGUUUGACACUCGUCAAAUUUAACUAUAUUCUGGAAUUCAAACAAAACAAGAACCAAGGAUGUUGUUGGUUUUCCAUCUGGAAAAGUUGGAAGAAUAUCCUACCUACGUUCUGGGUAGCCAAAAGGGGUAGAAGAUGGAUGUACUCAUUGUGUUGGAAGAGGCUGCUAACAGGAAGGGAAUGGAAUAGCAAUGUUUAAGACUAGUACAAAGAAAGCAUGUAGAUUGUAGAAGUAGAAACCAUCCAUGGGUUGUUGUACCCCUCCGCUAGGGCAAUAUAUUUUUUAUGCAAUGUGUGUUAAUUCUUUCAAUAUCUUACUAUGGUUUUGUAUUUUCCCACAUAAUACAGAAUCUAUAUUGUUUAUUCUCCAAUUGAAAUCGAAUGUUGGGUUUUAUUGUGUCAUGAUAACUGAUUUGAAUGUG